AUGUCGACCACAACCAUAGGAUGGCAAGUACUGCUGUUUUUCUCACUGCUCUCUCUCAUUUCAGUAAUCGGGCAGGUCAGCUACACUAUUCCCGAGGAGAUGACGAAAGGUGCUCUUAUUGGCAAUGUAGCGGAAGAUUUAGGUUUGGAUGUGAAAAGGCUUAAAUCAGGCAAAGCUCGUAUUUAUACCGGUGACAGUGCAGAAUAUAUCGAACUGAACAAAGAAAAAGGAGUGCUCCUCAUCAAAGACAGGAUUGACAGAGAGGCGCUCUGCAGACAGACGGUACCUUGCGCAAUCAAUUUCCAAAUUAUUAUGGAAAAUCCAAUGGAGUUUUACUCAGUUGUAAUCGAAAUAACUGAUGUGAACGAUAAUCCUCCGACAUUUGAGAGAAGUGAAAUGAAAUAUGAAAUCACAGAGUCAGCCCUAACAGGAACUAAAUUCGUCUUGGACAGAGCGAUAGACCGUGAUGUCGGUGUCAACGGCCUAAGCAGCUACACCCUAAAGCCCAUUGAUAAUUUCGUUUUGAAAACAAUCAGCCGUGGAGAUGGGAGUAAAAAUGUUGAGAUGGUUUUACAGAAACAAUUAGACCGAGAGAAACAUGAGCAUGUAUCACUGAUAUUAACUGCUGUGGAUGGUGGUGAGCCACAGCUCUCAGGGACCAUGCAGAUUGUAAUAACUGUAUUAGACGCCAAUGACAAUGCGCCUGUUUGUUCAAAACCGGAAUACAAAGCGAGUGUUACUGAGAAUUCUCCUGUUGGCACUGUAAUAACUACAGUCAGUGCUACAGAUAUUGAUAAAGGCAAUAAUGGGAAAGUAUCAUACAUCAUUCCGAAAUCAGAAGAAGCAGGUAAUUUCGAAAUUGAAGUCUACACCGGAGUAUUGACACUGGCUGGAAAUCUAGAUUAUGAAAAAAGAAAAUUUUACGAGUUAGACGUUCAGGUGGUGGAUCAGGGAGGCCUGUCAGAUGCGUGUAAAGUAAUUGUGGAGGUGAUUGAUGCGAAUGACAACAAGCCAUCGAUUAACAUUAUGUCUAAAUCGCUCAGCAUAUCUGAAAACGUUAAACCAGGAACUGUUGUAACGAUGCUUAACAUCCAGGAUCUAGACUCUGGUGGUAAUGGCAAAGUCCAGUGUGUGUUAGACGAAAAUAUUCCAAUUGCAAUGAAAUCAACGACAAAUACCUUCUUUACUGUCGUGACAGAGAGUGAUUUAGACAGAGAGAGGGCCUCUGAGUACAAUAUCACAGUGACUUGCUCUGAUGAGGGUGUCCCCUCUCUCUCCAGCAGCGUCACUCUCACUUUACAGAUUUCAGAUGUGAAUGAUAACGCGCCUGUCUUUGAGAGGAGUUCAUAUGAGGCCUACAUUGUAGAAAACAACACCCCAGGCCUUUCUAUAUUCACAGUGAAAGCUAGAGACGCUGACUGGAACCAGAAUGCCCGUGUCUCUUACAUACUGGAGGACUCCUCGGUUAAUGGAGUGCCCGUCUCCUCGUAUGUGUCUGUCAGUGCUGAUAGUGGAGUCAUCCAUGCAGUGCGCUCUUUUGACUACGAGCAGAUCAAAGAUUUCCAUUUUCGCGUCAAAGCGCAGGAUGGAGGCUCUCCUCCACUGAGUAGCAUUGCGAGUGUGAAAAUACUGAUCCAGGACCAGAACGACAACGCCCCUCAGGUUCUGUACCCAGUCCAGACUGGUGGCUCUCUGGUGGCUGAAAUGGUGCCUCGUUCAGCAGAGGUGGGCUAUCUGGUGACCAAAGUGGUGGCUGUUGAUGUGGACUCUGGCCAGAAUGCCUGGCUCUCCUAUAAACUGCAGAAAGCCACAGACAGGGCGCUGUUCGAAGUGGGCUUACAGAACGGGGAAAUCAGAACUAUCCGCCAAGUCACUGAUAAAGAUGCUGUGAAACAAAGGCUGACUGUUGUGGUGGAGGACAACGGCCAGCCCUCUCGUUCAGCUACAGUCAUUGUUAACGUGGCGGUGGCGGACAGCUUCCCUGAAGUGCUGUCGGAGUUCACUGACUUUACACAGGACAAGGAGUACAAUGACAACCUGACUUUUUACUUGGUCUUGGCUUUGGCUGUGGUUUCCUUUCUGUUCAUCACGUGCCUGGUGGUUAUUAUAUCAGUGAAAAUCUACAGAUGGAGACAGUCUCGCAUCCUUUAUCAGUCCAACCUGCCGGUGAUUCCAUAUUAUCCCCCACGUUACUCAGACACUUUGGGAACAGGGACUCUCCCACACGUGUACAAUUACGAGGUGUGCAGGACAACUGACUCGAGAAAGAGUGACUGUAAGUUCGGCAGAGCCGGUAGUCAGAAUGUCCUGAUAAUGGAGCCCAGUUCAACAGGGACGAUGCAGCGGAUACAGAAUGAGAACAGCAUCCUGGAUGAACCGGACUCUCCUCUCGAGGUUAGAAUUAUUUCACUCUCAUGUUAA